CCGCUUUAUAAACAAGCUGUAGCCCCCCACGUAGCCAAAGGUUUUCGUCAUUCUACCCCCCUCAACUUGGACGACCAUGCGUCUCUCGUCCAUUCUUUCGUCGGCGUCGUCACUCUUUCUUGCGUCCCUCGCCGUCGCCGAGGGCGCGUCGGACGUCAUUGAUUUGACUCCGUCUAACUUCCAGUCCGUGGUCAACCACGAAUCUAUCAUGCUCGUCGAGUUCUUUGCACCCUGGUGUGGCCACUGCAAGGCACUCGCGCCUCACUAUGAGGAAGCUGCCACCGCUCUCAAGGAGAAGAGCAUCAAGAUCGCCAAAGUGAACUGCGUCGAUGAGGCAGACCUUUGCCAGGAGCAUGGCAUUCAAGGUUAUCCCACCCUCAAGGUCUUCCGCAACGGUACUCCGACCGACUACACUGGGCCCAGAAAAGCGGAUGGGAUAAUCAGCUACAUGAUCAAACAAUCCUUGCCCGCAGUGUCUGCAGUAACGGUUGCGAAUUUCGAAGAGUUCAAGAAAGCAGACAAGGUCGUUGCCCUCGCAUUCCUUUCUUCUUCUGCGGAGGCCCCCGGACCUGAGUUCAGCGCAACUGCAGAAAAGCAUAGAGAUGAUUAUCUUUUCGGUAUCUCUACUGAUGCAGAGGCUGCGAAGGCUGCUGGUGUGACACCGCCCGCCAUUGUUCUCUACCGUAGUUUCGACGAGCCUCAGACGACAUACCCUUAUCCCAUCUCUUCCGCAAACGUCGAAGAACUAGAAGGCUGGAUCAAGGAUCUUUCCGUUCCCACCAUUGACGAAGUCAACGCAGAGAACUACAUGGUUUACGCCCAGAGUGGCAAACCCCUUGCCUAUGUCUUCCUCGAUCCCACGGACUCAAGGAAAGACGAGAUCAUCGAGACCGUGAAGCCUAUCGCCGCGGAGAACCGUGGACAUAUCAAUUUUGUCUGGAUCGAUGCCAUCAAGUUCGGCGAUCACGCAAAGGCGCUCAACCUCCCUGAGGCGAAGUGGCCUAGCUUUGUCGUUCAGGAUCUGACCAAACAGCUCAAAUAUCCCCUCGAUCAGAGCAAAGACUUCACAGCAGAGAAUAUCAAGGAGUGGACUGAUCUUUUCAAUGCCGGCAAGUUGGAGCCUCAAUUGAAGAGCCAGCCCGUUCCUGAAAGCCAGGACGAGCCGGUCUACAACCUUGUCGGCAAGGAGUUCGAGCAAAUAGUAUUCGAUGAUGAGAAGGAUGUUUUCGUUGAAUUCUAUGCAUCAUGGUGCGGGCACUGCAAGCGCUUGAAGCCCACUUGGGACAGCCUCGGCGAAAAAUACAGCACUCUGAAGGACCGUGUUGUUAUUGCCAAGAUGGAGGCUACGGAGAACGAUCUCCCCCCUUCGGUUCCAUUCCGUGUUGCUGGUUUCCCAACUCUCAAGUUCAAACCUGCCGGUUCUCGUGAAUUUUUGGAUUAUGAAGGUGACCGUUCUUUGGAGAGUCUUGUCGCCUUCGUCGAGGAGAACGCCAAGAAUUCUCUGGAUGCAAGCGUUCCUGUGCAUAACCAGUCGGCACCCCCUGUUCUUGUCGACCAGCAUCACGACGAAUUGUGACCUGGAUUGGUUUGGGUUAGGUAUCAGGUAGUCGUAGCAUUCGUGUAUUGGAUCUCGGACAAUUUCCAUGGAAUUCUCGAACGUUGAACGCACGUCGUCGUGAAUGGAUCCAUACAACUGGGAAUUUAAUCCUG